AUGGGCUGGAGUCACCUGAACCCCCUGGAGUACCAUUUUGAGCGGGGGCUCUACUACCACGAAAUCGUGCCCAACCUGAUUUGCGGCACACAGCCCCGCAAUGCCAGCGAUGUGGACAUUCUGGCGGAGUCGGAGCGAAUAACCCACAUCCUCAACCUGCAGCAGGACAAGGACAUGCACUACUGGGGUGUCAAGCUGGAGGACAUCCGGCGGGCCUGCUCGCGCCACUCCAUCAACCACAUGCGGCGUCCGGCCCGUGACUUCGACCCGCACAGCCUCCGUCGUACGAUCCCUGGAGCGGUGCAUUCCUUGGCUCAGGCGCUCAACAGCGGGGGCAGCAGAGUGUACGUCCAUUGUACGGCGGGACUGGGCCGCGCUCCGGCGGUGUGUAUUGCCUACCUGUACUGGUUCACGCAGCUGCAGCUGGACGAGGCCUACUCGUACCUCACCUCCCUGAGGCCGUGCGGGCCCAAGCGGGACGCCAUUCGGGGGGCCACCUACGACGUGCUGGCCAACGGCGCCGACUUUCAAGCCUUCGACUCGCUGCCCUCUGACUCCUUCGCCACUCUGACCGAGGACGACCGCUUCGCUCUGCAGUACCGGAUCCUCAGAGGCCUCUGUUGA